UGCAGUGAGCGCCUUGUGGAGAUCUCCAGUUGACUACGCUCCUUUUUCUCUGCUUUCUACUGGCAAGGAAACUACAUUUGAAGGAUUCUGGGAGACCUUAAAGCCACGCAAUGGAGGCAGUGACCUUGGAGGAUGUAACUGUGAACUUCUGUGAGGAGGAGUGGGCUCUGCUGAAUCCAGCCCAAAAGAAGCUCUACAGAGAUGUGAUGUUGGAAACUUUUGGGAAUAUAAAUGCUAUAGGAACGACUUUGGAAAACCAGCAAAUGGAAGAAGAAUACAAAAAUUGCUUGGAAAAUCUAAGAAAUGAAGAGAUAGCAAUGUUUGAUCGAGAAAAAUCUUGCAAUGAACAUGCAAACAUACUGCUUCAGAUUUCAGAUGCUAACGUGAGCAUGCAACAAGCUUCUUUAAAGCCAGUUAGAAGACCUGUUUGUGGAGAGCACAUAAUUGGGAAUUUAUCAUUGAAUGUAUCCAUUUCACCUCACCCUGAAGAGAAGCCAUAUGGGUAUUUGGGAUCUGAUGACAAAAUGAAUAAAUGCAAUGAACAUAGAAAAACCUGCUAUGAUUUCCAGUCCUUUCAGAAGCAUUCAAGUGCAGAGAAUGGAGAAAAGCCCUAUCAACAUGAACAGUGUGGGAAAUACUACUUAGAACUCAGUGAAAGAACUCACCCUGGAGAGAUCAUUGUUGGUCAGGACAGUGUGAAGGACUCAAACACACCAAGUUGUUUUCAAAUCCAUGGAGAAACUCACAUUGGGAAGAAACCAUACAUAUGCAAGAAAUAUGGAAUAACCUUCAAUACUCAAAGUUGUAAAAUUUCGGAAAGGAUACACAUGGAAGAGAAACAUCACGUAUGUAAGCAAUAUGGGAAAUCAUUCAGCAUAUACACUCAUUGUCAGAGUCAUAAAAGUACUCACACUGGGAAGAAGCCUUAUGUGUGCAAGCAGUGUGGAAAAACAUUCACUAGAAAGUUUUAUUCCAAGAUACAUGAAAACAUUCACACAGGGGUGAAACCUUAUGUGUGCAAGCAAUGUGGAAAAGCAUUUGCUACAAAGGCCUAUUCUAAAACACAUGAAAAAAUUCACACAGGAGAGAAACCUUUUGUGUGCAAACAGUGUGGAAAAGCAUUCACUACAAAAGCGUAUUUAAAAAUACAUGAAAAAGUUCACACAGGGGCAAAACCUUAUGUAUGCAAGCACUGUGGGAAGGCAUUCACUAUAAAGCAGUCUUGUCGAAGACAUGAGAAGGCUCACACUGUGAUGGAACCUUUUGUGUCUGAGGACUGUGGGAAGGCAUUCACUUCAUAUGAUUAUUUUGAAGUACAUUCAAGAACUUACACUAGAGAGAAACAUUAUGUGUGCAGACAUUGUGGGAAGGCAUACACUACACAUCAUAAUUGCCGAAUACAUGAAAGAACUCACACUGGGGAAAAGCCUUAUGUGUGCAAGCAUUGUGGGAAGGCUUUCACUGCCCGUCAAUCUUGUCACAGACAUGAAAGAACUCACACAGGGGAGAAACCUUAUUUGUGCAAACAUUGUGGGAAAGCAUUCACUGCAUACCAUAAUUGUCAGAUACAUGAAAGAAUUCACACUGGGGAGAAACCUUAUGUGUGUGAGUACUGUGGGAAGGCGUUCAUUAGUUACCGAUCCUGUCAGAUACAUAAAAGUGCACACACAGGGAACAAACCUUAUGUGUGUAAGCAAUGUGGAAAAGGAUUCUCUAUGAAGACUAAUUUUACAUGUCAUGAAAGAACUCACACUGGUGAGAAACCUUAUGUGUGCAAGCACUGUGGGAAGGCUUUUACUACACGCCGAUACUGUCAAGGACAUGAAAGAACACACACUGGGGAGAAACCUUAUGUGUGCACACACUGUGGGAAGGCGUUCGGUACACAACCUAAUUGUCACAGACAUGAAAGAACUCACACUGGGGAGAAAAAUUAUGCGUGCAAACAUUGUGGGAAGACAUUCAUUACAAAAUAUUCUUGUCAAAUGCAUGAAAGAUAUCACACUGGGGAGAAACCAUAUGUGUGCAAGCACUGCGGGAAAGCGUUCACUACAUAUCAGUAUUAUAGAGGACAUGAAAGAACACACACUGGGGAGAAACCUUUUGUGUGUAAGCAAUGUGGGAAGGCAUUCACUACACUGCAGUCUUGUCAAAUACAUGAAAGAGCUCACACAAACAAGGAAACAUAUGCAUGUGGGCCAUGUGGAAAAAGAUUUGUUAGUAAGUCCUCAUUUUAUCUACAUAGAUCUCACACUGAGGAACUACGCUAUAUAAACACUGGGGGAAGCAUUCAGUGAGCACAUUUUUUAAUCAGCUAUGUGAAAGCACUCAUACUGGAGAUGGACCUAUGUGUGUAAACCUAUUUGGAAAAGCUUGAGAAAAUUCUUCAUGUACUAGAGACCUGUAUACAUGUAAAUGAACAAUUUGAUGUCAAUAUUUCUUGUACUUUUUCCCCAGAAAAUACAU